GACGUGGUCUGCGUGGUGCUGGCUGGCUUACCCCUUGGUGUUCUAAACUUGGCCAAAAUAAAGCCGUAUCAGAGAGGCUUUCUCUGUAAUGAUGACAGCAUCAAGUAUCCGUACCAUGACAGUACCAUCACAUCCACUGUUCUCUACACAGUGGGGUUCACCCUGCCCAUUUCCUCUAUAAUCAUAGGAGAAGCCCUGUCUGUCUAUUAUAACCAUUUGCACUCAAAUUCGUUUGUCAGAAAUAACUACAUAGCCACUAUUUACAAAGCCAUUGGGACAUUCAUUUUUGGUGCGGCUGCUAGCCAAUCACUGACAGACAUUGCCAAGUACUCCAUUGGUAGACUGCGGCCUCACUUCCUGGCUGUAUGCCAACCUGAUUGGACACAAAUCAACUGCAGUCUAGGUUACAUUGAAAACUUCCCGUGCCAAGGAGACAAAGCAAAAGUAAAUGAAGGAAGACUGUCAUUUUACUCUGGGCAUUCUUCAUUCUCUAUGUACUGCAUGCUGUUCCUAGCACUUUAUCUUCAAGCUAGAAUGAAAGGAGACUGGGCAAGACUGCUGCGUCCUACAGUGCAAUUUGGCCUUGUUGCGGCAUCCAUCUACGUGGGUCUUUCGCGUGUCUCUGACUACAAACAUCACUGGAGUGAUGUGUUGACUGGACUCAUUCAAGGAGCAGUAGUAGCUAUACUUGUUGUUGCAUACGUAUCAGACUUCUUCAAAGUGAGGGGCUGUACAUUUAAACCCAAAGAAGACUCGCACACAACUCUACAUGAGACACCAACAAAUGGAAAUCACUAUGGCAGCAAUCACCAACCAUGAAGGAUUGAGAGUCCCACCCUGUGACAUCCUGCUUUUUUGAAAGGAAAAUGAUUUCAUGAGUCUCCCUGACCUAUGUAAUAUAAAUUAAAUGCCUUUAAGGGACUGCUGCUGCUCUUGGAUGCUCACUUAUGUGUAUAUAGUAACAUUUAACACCAUUAUGUAUAUCUAAUGCUUUAAAAAUUUUUAAAUUUCUACUGGUUCAAGGUCUUGCUUAAAAAGCUAAUCAAACUGUAAAUUUUUAUUAAAAUAAUGUGGUAACACUUAUAUUACAUAAACAAGCUGUUUAUACACAUCUUGCUAGAAUGUUUGCUUUUAAAUACAUGCAACAAAUUAAAAACUAAACCUCUGUCUUGGGA